AUGAAGAUUCAGAUGUGGCGGUUAUCACAGAUGGACUCAAGUCACCUCCACUCUAGACAGAAGAGAAAGAAGAAGUUCCAAUCGACUGGUGAAGACAAAGUUUGCGCUGGAACUAUCUUGGUAAAGAAUGUGCUCCCACCAUCUAAGGCAGCUUCAGACAAGGAUUUGAAUCUGGCAGGUAUAGACUCUGCGGCCGAUGACAGAAAUUUUUGGGAGGAAGAGACAAGGCCUGCAGGGUGGGGUCAGAAUUCUCAGGUCGCAAUGCCGUGGGAGAUGUUGCAAGCUAAGACCGCUGCAGCGUUAUCCAAUUCUGACAAGCACUCCAGAGCCCGCAUUCCCAAGUCCCAGAAGACCGCCCCACAUGGUUCUUCUGGCCUCGGACACAAAGAGACGGAACAGGAUGACCACCCUGCUCCGACCAACAACAUAGAUCCAGAGUCCACAGUAAGGCACGUCCUGGAGAGCAUCCAGGACCUCGGAAGGAGAUUGGAUCUCUUUGCUACCAAUGAGCAUGUGGAAGCAUGGGAGGCAAGAGUGGCUUUGGUAGAGAGUGUCUUCAACCAGCGGUUGAAGGCCUUGGAGCAAUGGCUCAACUUAUCGGAUUCCCAGUAA